UUUGGUGGCUUUUCUGGAAAGCAGUCUCCUGUAGGCCGCUGUGCAGGCCCCCACAGCUGAUCAUAUUAUUUUAGCUGGUGUGCUGCACUCACCUUCAGUGUGUGCUCCACUAUGGACCGUAAAAGGGAUGACUGGCACAGGACAAGAAGAGAAAGGAACAUUUACAUGCCACAGAAUGACAAAUGACAGAAGUACUAUGCUGCACAUCCUUGAGGAGCCUGAGAUGCGAAGAGAAGUGGAGAGAUUUCGAACUUUUCGGAACUGGCCAGCAGAUGCACCUGUCACAUCUGGAGACCUGGCCAAGGCGGGUUUCUUUUUUCUAGGCCCCGGGGAUAAAGUCCAAUGUUUCUGCUGUGGAGGGAUUUUAAGAUGUUGGGCACACGGGGACAGCCCUGCCACCGAGCACAAGAGGCAUUUCCCCACUUGCUGUUUCAUACUUGGUCGAGCUGUGGGAAAUAUACCACUCCAAGUCGGAUCCUCCGACUCUGUGGACGGCCAGCUGUUGAGUCAACUCCAGAGAAUGACAAUGGAUGAGCAGGGGACAGCUGGACAAGCGGUCUACCCAGAGAUGGAGGCUGAGGAUUCCCGGCUCACCACUUUCCACAACUGGCCCACCGAGGCUUCAGUCCAACCAGAUGUUCUUGUCAGAGCAGGAUUUUUCUACACAGGUCAUGGUGACAAUGUCAAAUGCUUCCACUGUGAUGGAGGGCUGAGGAACUGGGAGCCAGGAGAUGACCCCUGGCAGGAACAUGCCAAGUGGUUUCCACGAUGUGAGUUUUUAAUCCAGGCGAGAGGGCAGGAGUACAUCAGCAACAUACAAGAUGCUCAUUUCCAUCUGGGUGGCACUGUGGGUGGAUCACAGAACUCCACAAGCAGAGAUAUUGGAUCCAGAAAUGAUAUGGUCGGAGGUCUGGGAGCUUCCUCGGCCAUGCUUUCUCCAGUCGUUCAGACUGUGCUGCAAAUGGGAUUUGAAGCCAGCCUGGUGGAGAGUCUGGUUCAGACCAAGUAUCUUCUGACAGAGCCAGAGACGAGGCAGGGCUCCAGUGCUGGAAAUGUGAGGACACAAAGGCCCAUUAGAGAGAAAGUGAAGGACCCCAGCCCAGAGGAGCUGCUGAGGCAGCUGCAGGAAGAAAGGACCUGUAAGGUGUGUAUGGACAAACUGGUAUCCAUCGUCUUCAUCCCUUGUGGCCAUUUGGUGGUGUGUAGUGACUGCGCUGCCAGCCUGCGUCACUGCCCCAUCUGCAGAGCUGUCAUUAGGGGCAGUGUUCGGGCUUUCAUGUCCUAAGGCUGUAGUGAGAAUCCACUGUUAUACAGGUGUUGCAUUAGUGGCCUUGAUUUUUUCACAUGUACUCAUUUUACAUUGUACUGAUAAGAAAUAAAGAUGAUUGCUAGUUGUUUGAGUUUACAGAUCAUUUUCUAUAAUAAACAUUUUAAGCUGUU